AUGGCGGGGGCGCCGCGCGGCCGAGGCAGAGGCGGCGGCGGAGGCGGAGGCGGCGGCGGCGGCGCGGGCGAGCCCGGGGGCGCCGAGCGGGCGGCGGGGCCGGGCGGCCGGCGCGGGCUGCGGCCGUGCGGCGAGGAGUUCGCGUGCCCCGAGCUGGAGGCGCUGUUCCGCGGCUACACGCUGCGGCUGGAGCAGGCGGCCACGCUGAAGGCGCUGGCCGUGCUCAGCGGGCUGGCGGGCGCGCUGGCGCUGGCGGAGCUGCUGGGCGCGCCGGGGCCCGCGGCCGGCCUGGCCAGGGGCUCGCACCCCGCGCACUGCGUGCUCUUCCUGGCGCUGCUCGUGGUCACCAACGUGCGCUCGCUGCAGGCGCCGCAGCUGCAGCAGGUCGGCCAGCUGGCGCUGCUGUUCAGCCUCACCUUCGCGCUGCUCUGCUGCCCCUUCGCGCUCGGCGGGCCCGCGGGCACCCACGCCGGCGCGGCUUCGGGGACGGCGGCCGCCGACCACGGCGUCUGGCAGCUCCUUUUGGUCACCUUCGUGUCCUAUGCCCUGCUGCCCGUGCGCAGCCUGCUGGCUGUCGGCUUCGGGCUCGUGGUGGCCGCCUCGCAUUUGCUGGUCACGGCCACCUUGGUGCCCGCCAAGCGCCCGCGUCUCUGGAGGACGCUCGGUGCCAACGCCCUACUCUUCCUCAGCGUGAACAUGUACGGGGUGUUUGUGCGGGUCCUGGCCGAACGCUCCCAAAGGAAAGCCUUCCUGCAAGCCCGGAACUGCAUCGAGGACCGGCUCAGGCUGGAGGAUGAGAACGAGAAGCAGGAGCGGCUGCUUAUGAGUCUUCUGCCCCGGAAUGUUGCCAUGGAGAUGAAGGAGGACUUCCUGAAGCCCCCCGAGAGGAUUUUCCACAAGAUCUACAUCCAGCGGCAUGACAAUGUGAGCAUCCUCUUCGCGGACAUUGUGGGCUUCACAGGCCUGGCGUCGCAGUGUACAGCCCAGGAGCUGGUGAAACUCCUGAACGAGCUCUUCGGCAAGUUUGACGAACUGGCCACGGAGAACCACUGCCGCCGCAUCAAGAUCCUCGGGGACUGCUACUACUGUGUGUCGGGCCUCACCCAGCCCAAGACCGACCAUGCCCACUGCUGCGUGGAGAUGGGGCUGGACAUGAUCGACACCAUCACGUCGGUGGCCGAGGCCACGGAGGUGGAUCUGAACAUGCGUGUGGGGCUGCACACCGGCCGGGUCCUCUGCGGGGUCCUCGGCCUGCGCAAGUGGCAGUAUGACGUGUGGUCCAAUGACGUGACACUGGCCAAUGUCAUGGAGGCCGCCGGCCUGCCCGGGAAGGUCCACAUCACCAAGACGACCCUGGCUUGCUUGAAUGGGGACUACGAGGUGGAGCCGGGGCACGGGCACGAGAGGAACAGUUUCCUGAAGGCUCACAACAUCGAGACCUUCUUCAUCGUGCCAUCACACCGGCGGAAGAUAUUUCCAGGGCUGAUCCUGUCCGACAUCAAGCCCGCCAAGAGGAUGAAGUUCAAGACGGUGUGUUACCUGCUGGUGCAGCUCAUGCACUGCCGGAGGAUGUUCAGGGCGGAGAUCCCCUUCUCCAACGUCAUGACCUGCGAGGACGACGACAAGCGGAGGGCGUUGAGAACUGCGUCAGAGAAACUCAGAAACCGCUCGUCCUUCUCCGCCAACGUUGUGCACACCGCGCCAGGCACGCGGGUCAACAGGUACAUCGGCCGCCUCCUGGAGGCACGCCAGAUGGAGCUGGAGAUGGCGGACCUGGACUUCUUCACCCUGAAGUACAAGCAGGCGGAGCGCGAGCGCAAGUACCACCAGCUGCAGGACGACUACUUCACCUGUGCCGUGGUGCUCGCGCUCGUCCUGGCCGCCGUGUUCGGCCUUGUCUACCUGCUCAUCAUCCCACAGAGCGUGGUCGUCCUGCUGCUGCUGGUGUUCUGCAUCUGCUUCCUGGUGGCCUGUGUCCUGUACCUGCACAUCACUCGGGUCCAGUGUUUUCCAGGAUGCCUGACUAUCCAGAUCCGCACCGUCUUGUGUAUUUUCAUCGUGGUCCUGAUCUACUCUGUGGCCCAAGGCUGUGUGGUGGGCUGCCUGCCCUGGGCCUGGAGCUCCAGCCCCAACGGGUCCCUGGUGGUCCUGGCGCCCGGCGGCCGGAACACCCUGCUGCCCACCGCGCCCUGCGAGUCGGCCCCCCAUGCCCUGCUGUGCGGCCUCGUGGGCACCCUCCCACUGGCCGUCUUCCUGCGGGUGUCCUCGCUGCCCAAGAUGAUCCUGCUGUUUGUGCUCACGGCGUCCUACAUCCUGGUCCUGGAGCUCAGCGGGUACACCCGGGCCUCGGGGGGCGGUGCAGUGUCUGGGCGCAGCUUCGAGCCGAUCGUGGCCGUCCUGCUGUUCUCCUGCACGCUGGCCCUGCACGCGCGGCAGGUGGAUGUCAGGCUGCGGCUGGAUUACCUGUGGGCGGCACAGGCGGAGGAGGAGAGGGACGACAUGGAGAGGGUGAAGCUGGACAACAAGCGGAUCCUCUUCAACCUCCUGCCGGCCCACGUCGCUCAGCACUUCCUCAUGUCCAACCCCCGGAACAUGGACCUGUACUACCAGUCCUACUCGCAGGUGGGCGUCAUGUUCGCCUCCAUCCCCAACUUUGACGACUUCUACAUCGAGCUGGACGGCAACAACAUGGGUGUGGAGUGCCUGCGCCUCCUGAACGAGAUCAUCGCCGACUUUGAUGAGCUCAUGGACAAAGACUUUUACAAGGACCUGGAGAAGAUCAAGACCAUCGGGAGCACCUACAUGGCUGCGGUGGGGCUGGUGCCCACGACCGGGUCCAAGGCAAAGAAGUGCAUCUCCUCGCACCUCAGCACGCUGGCCGACUUCGCCAUCGAGAUGUUUGACGUCCUGGACGAAAUCAACUACCAGUCUUACAACGACUUUGUGCUCCGCGUUGGCAUCAAUGUUGGCCCCGUGGUGGCUGGGGUGAUCGGGGCUCGAAGGCCACAGUAUGACAUUUGGGGAAACACGGUCAACGUGGCCAGUCGGAUGGACAGCACCGGUGUCCAGGGCAGAAUCCAGGUGACCGAGGAGGUUCACCGGCUGCUGCGAAAGGGCACCUACCGCUUCGUGUGCCGUGGGAAGGUCAGCGUCAAGGGCAAGGGUGAGAUGCUGACGUACUUCCUGGAAGGCCGGACCGAUAGAAAUGGCUCCCAGGCCAGGUCCCUGAACGCAGAGCGGAAAAUGUGUGCUUACGGGCGACCUGGCCUCCAGACCAGACUGGGCACAGGCCCGCCCCCAAUGGCCCCCAUGGCUGGCCCCCCAGUCAGAGCCGGGCUGGAGGCUCUGCAGGGCUCGGGGCUCCCGCCGGGCCCUCACAGCCAGCACCCGCCCCCCGGAGCAGCUGGGAAGGAGGCUUAGUGGAGCCCACGCUGGCUGCUGGGGGCCCCAGCAGGCACCAGCCCGGCCCACAGAGCAGGGCCUGCAGCCGGAGGUUGGGCUGCAGAAGGGGUGCCGUCCCGGCGUGACCCGAAGCAGCUGGGCAGUGAUGGGCCGGGUGAGCCCUGCCCACCUGGAUGCUGAGGCUUUAGGGGAACAGCCCCCUCAGUCCUCUCCUCGGUGGCCGAGGAGUGGCUGCCUGGGGUUGGCCAGCUCAGCGUCCAGUGUCGGGACCUUGGGAACGUCUGCCAUGGCCCCAGGCUUCAGUUCAGCGGGAGGUGUGGAGCUGUGGCCGGCAGAGUGGGAGCACGCUCUGAGAAGGCCUGCAGCAGCCUGGGCUGGGAGCCAGGCUGUGCGCGUGUGUCAGGGCCAGAAAGCCCGGCCCCCGGGCCCAGAUGGGCUGGGCCGGCAGUGCGCGGUUUGGGAAGAAGCUGCACAGCACAGAGAGGGCUGCUGGCUUCCUUUGGGAGCCCUUUCUCGAGGGCCAGAGGCGGGUCUUCUGGAAUUCUUGAGGCCCCGAGCCAUGUCUCUGUGUCGCGACCAGCAUCAUCCCUGCUCUGCCUGCCAAUCCCGAGAUGUCCCUCAGCCCCCGGAUGGCCUCGGCCCUACAAACCCUGGCCUCACUUGUCAGGGAAGGAACCGAGAUCCGGGCCGCUGGGCCCUUGCUGCGCCCGUGUCUGGGGCUCCCGCUCUCCUCACAACAGCACAAACCUGCAUGGAUUUUGAAACAAGCGAACCAUACCUCGCCACAGAGAAAGCUCCCCGCGGAGAAGGCUGUACCCCGGACGUGGGAUUUCGGAGUGAGUUUGGGGGACACCUGCAGGGAAGGGGCUGCAGGGGACUCUGGGGAGGCCUGGGGGUCUCCCACACGCACAGGUGCAGACCAGGGACGCGUGGGAUGUAUUGCUGGGGCGCUGGGUGGCAGCUCUGACUGCAGGAGGAAGGCAGGUUGGCACCGGUGGGCAGGGGCUGGGCUUACUCUGGCUGAGCCCCUGUGCAUGUCCCGGGCUGUUCCUGUGGUGGGCCCACGAGGCGUGGUGUCCUCCGUGGGGCCUCAGCCCUGCCCGGCCAUGGGUCAGCAGGUCGGCUGCCGGGCCGUGUGUGGAUAGGCCGGCGAUGUGGGACUCAGGACGGAGAUGGGUGGGUGGACAGCCUCCCUCCUGAGAACCAGCUCUGCACGGGGCCACUGAAGGCCAUUGCUACCAUCGCUACUGAGAAGGACUCUGUGGCCCAGCCAUCCCCGCUCAGCCUUUAGAGAGACAUGGCAUGAUCCCUUCAGGGGAAACUGAGUCAUCUUGGGAGUCCCAUGAGCAUGUGGCCUGUGUGGUGUGCCCAUCUGUGCCAGGCUGCAGGACUGAGGACCUGGCCAGGGUCCUGGAGCCCGCCUGCUGGUGGCCACCAGGCUUCCACCAGGGCAGUCCAGGGGGCAGCGGACCACACUGAGGUCCUGACCCCGUGCUCUAUUACGUGGCAAAGGGACUUCACAGACAGAAUGGAAGGUUGGGCCUUAGGCCAGGGGCAGGAUCCUGAGCUCUCUGGGUGGGCCGCCUGCCUCCUCGAAGUGGACACAGAGGCAGGGUGGUCAGGAUGGCCCAAGGAUGAGUUGCUGUUUAAAGAUGCGGGGACCCAACCAUCAGCCAUCGGGGAGAGGCGCUGGCUGCCCCUGCAGAGACAUGCCGUGGACUCCUUGUCCACCCAAGUGACCCGGGGGCAGGUGGAGGCCAAAGAGAGUCUCCGUGGCCCCCAGCCCUGCCGGUCCCGGACCGGGGGUCCACAGGACUGGAGCUUGGAGCCCUGCCUUGUGCGUGGCCGCGGCGGGAGGGCCCGUGGGGGACCACCCACGGCACCGAGGCCCAGCUCCGAGGAGCACGCAACACGUCGGUCAUCAGCAGUCCAGACCCUACCGUUCCCGAGGGUGCGGGAGCCACCGCAGUGACCCUCGGAGGCGGGUGCACGAUGUCUUCCUCUUUAUUUGUGAUGAGACUGUAUGAUCUUGCCUUAUUUAUUUUUAAUCUCGUACAGUAUUCACAGGCAAACGUUAGCCUUUUGAGUAGGGUUCUCUCUAAAUUAUUUAAGACGCUCUGUAAAUAGUGCACUGUUUCAGGGGACACCUCUUCACUCCCACCAAAAAUGAGAACAGUACCCCAACCCCCGUGCGCAUGGCACUCUUUAUCCAGAUGUGUGAUGUCCCUAAGGCACCACGCCCCUGCUUGGGGGCACCUCGGCACUAUAGGGGGACCCGCGUGUCCCUCGUGCACCACUUACUCCCAACCUCAGUAGUGCAGAAGGCGGCACCAAACUUCUAGGCGCUUCCACGGACCACUGGGCCUGGGGGGUCCGCUGCACGGUGCGUGUAAGCUACAGUGUGGAGCCCCCCCCACCACACCAGGCCCUCCCAGGCUGCACAUUAGUCAGACCCCAGAGCCACAGCGCUUCCAGACACUUCCUGUCUCCAGAGGCAAUAACUAACCUGCGGAGACAAGGCCAGUCCAAAGCCAACGGUGAUUCCAGCAUAAGCCAUGCACACGAGUUUGCCCACGUUCAACCACGCCAUGGGGGGGGGGGCGACACCCUGGUGGCCGCCCAGCCCCCCCUGCAGAUCCAGCUCAGGCCCCGAGUUCUGUGGGGUUUGUCGUCGGUGUCCCAGGCACAGGGAGCGGAGGGCCAGCCUCAGCCCUGUCAGUGAAGUGACCCUCGGGGCGAGAGCAGGUCUGCGCACACCUGCGACCCUUCUAACCCGUCUCAGCGUGCGCACAGGGUGCAGUGAGCCUCCGGGCCGGGACACCCGUCUUGCCCAAUGAGCCUGCUCUGUGUGUUGGAUCCAGAUGAUACGAAUGCCUGCUCUCGUCCCGUCAGCACCCAGAAGUAGCGUGAACCCCUCCUUUGUCCUGCUUCUGAAGAAGGAAGGGUCCUGUGGGCCUCACGCUUGUGUGCCCCGGACAGGUGGACCUGGCUUCAUUCCAGCAUGUGUUCCCGGGAUUCCCCAAGUCUGGGGUCCUGCGGGCCCCUCCCUGUGUGGCAGGCUCUGCUCAUGACACGCAUGCGCAGCCCACGAGGCAGUGUGCACCUGCCGCUGCAUGGGAGCCGGGCGUGGGGGAUGGGGGGCUCCCAGCCCUGUGGGAGCCGGGUCUCUGAGAUGGUGGGCGCCCUGCAACGUGGGAGUCGGGUCUCGGGGAUUGGGGGGCGCCCCGCUGCGCACCACGCAGUUCUCUGACUCAGUGGGUCACAGAGCACUGCCAACACUUGUAAUUCUGAAGCAUACGGGCCUGUUGGGUCCAUAGAAAGUCGCCCCUGGAAACCGACUUGAGCUGAUUUUGUAGCGGCUUCAGUUUUAAAAACAACAAAACUUAAAAAGCAACAAAUCAAACUCCUUAGAGGAAGUUGGUUUCAAAGCGUUUGAUUUGGGGGAUGACUAAGGGGCAGGGAGUGGCUGGCUGGAAGCCGGAGGGCACAACACCGCCCCUGCACUGUCGUCAUGUCCCCCGGCCGCAGUGUGCUUUGAAAGUUGGGUGGGGAGUUGAGGCCCCAGCACUCUCCGAGGGGAUGCAGACACCACGUGGGGACGCGACCUCUUCUCACAGUAUCUGGGUUUGCAUUUCCGCCUGUGAGUCUUAGACUGGGCUGGGUUGAAGUCUGGUUCAGGGAUUGGGUUGCUAGGGGUGGCCUGAGGACCCCCCUCCUGGAGGGUGGGGUGGGAUGAGGUAGACGGCCAGGAAGGCUGUUUGGCUCAGCCUGAGGAAUAAACUCCAGCUGUGAAUUUUGUCAAGAUGGACUUGGGAGGUGGGGGGUUGGCACUGACAGGCAGGCCCCCGGGACGUGAGACAGAGUCCCUGAUUCUGGGUGGUGGGUGGCAAGGAGCCAAAGGCAGUCCCUGUGCCCGGAGAGCGUGUGGGCCCCACAGCUGUGAAUGUAGGGGUGCAGGGGUGGGUGUGCAGGGGCGCCAGAGUGGGAGGGACGGCCUGCUGUGGCCAGGAGCAUGAGGCAGGGCCCCUUAGCUCCUCCCUAUGCCCAGGGCCAGACUCCACACCCUUAGGGCGCUCCCGGAGACACCCCGGCUCCGGACACCAGCUCCUGUGUGCGCACACUGGAGGCCAGUCCUGGGAUGCUGGGGCGCAUGGGUCACCUCCAUGUCCAGUUCAGCGAAGUAAGCCUGAUUUCAGAGGCCACGUUUCAGGACUAGACCUCCCUAAACAACCUCAAGGUAAUGACUCAUACAUUUGCAUUUCUUAAAUUUCCCUGAAAAUUGUCAACUAUCUACUCCCCAUCAGAUCUGCUCAUGGAGAGAAACAGUAACUCUUCCGCUGGAGCCAUGCUGCGAUCACAUCUGUGUGUGUGCGUGUGCACACGUGUGUACUGUGCACACAUGUUUGUGAGCGUGUGAUUUGUACACGUGCAUGUGUGCGCAUGCACACGUGUGUACAUGUGCAUGCGUGUCUGUGAGUGUGCACACGUGUACGUGUGCACGCAUGUUUGUGAGCAUGAUUGUACACGUGCACGUGUGCGCGUGUGUAUGGUUGCGUUAUGUGUGUGCACAUGUGGGUGUGUGCAUGCGUGAGUGUAUGCCACACCUGGCAGGGGAGGGUGUUCUAGACACAACUCUUUCUCCCUUUAUGAAAUCCGUGCAUUCCUUCCUACACCGAUUGUGUAUGUUCCGUGCUAAAGCUGCAGGAGAGGCCAGUAGCCAUUGGCACGUGUAGUGAAAAUCUCUCUCUUCUGGAAUUCUCCAUGUAGCCACAAACUAAGGGAACCACCAUGACCAAGACCCACAUCUCUUGGCAGCCCCAGAGCACCUUCUCCACCUGUCACCCGUUGGUCGCUUACGGCCCCCACAGUGUCAUGAGGAAUCUGGGGCUCAGAGAGGUUAUUGACUUGAGCGAAGUCACACAGCUCGAGUGGCAGGACCGAGACCCAUGCCAGCCUGUCCCAAGCCCUUGGUUUUCCGUCCUACUCAGUGGCUCUUUGCUGACACCGUACUGGGUUUGAUGGACCCCCCCCCCCAGCUGGUCUGCACUGAAGUGCCCCUGUGGUGGGGACCCUGGCAGGCUGGUUUGGAGUGUUGGCCCCACUGCCUGCCCCCGGGUGCACCCUGGGGAGCUCAGAACGCUGUCCUCAGCGGUGGACCCCCCAAGGACACUCAUAGCUAGCCUGAGAAGUCCCUUGUGUCGCUUUCUAUACUAAAUCCUAAAUCUGUGUCAUGCCCACAGCCUAUCCUGUCUGAGAACACACAGACCCUCCUUCAGCAGGAGGGAUGGUUGCCUGUGUCUUUCCGCACGGCCUCUCUGGCAUCAAACGGGAAGGGGGCCCCAGAAGCUCCCAAACCACACACACCUACCCACGUGCAUGAAGCCAGGUGGCCCCCAAGUGCUGGUCCGCAAGACGUGAGCCCUGGGAGGCCGUGGGUCAAGCUGUCCAUCUCUGCUCUGUCUCCCCUGGUGGUCGAGCUAUCCAGCGUCUCACGCCACAGGCACGAGGUGGGUGGUCAGCGCCCCUUCCUGCGGGUUGGAUGGCCAUGGGCAGGUUUCCCGGAGAAUGUGUGGAAGGCAAGACUGGGGUUGCGGAGGCUGGUAGGAAACAGGGCUCCCCGGCCCCGACUGCUUCGACUCUGGGCAGCUCAGACUCUGUUCAGAAUCUCGAAGCUCGAUUUGCAAACAGCUCACAUCCCGCCCUGAGAGCUGAUGUUUAAACAGAGAGGUUGUCCUAGACUAACACGCGAGAGAGCUGGGCCACUCCAGGGCUCCCUGAACAUGUGUGGGGGUGUGUGCAGGAACAAACAGAGCACCACAUCUGUGGGCUCGCGCUCCCCACGGCGCGGGCUACGGGCCCACCAGCAGCCAGAGCUGUUUCUUGCCUCCCACCAGCAGCACCCCCCCAGCCCCCCGGGCCCAGAAGCACACGUCUCAGGGGACUGGCCCCCAGUUGUGGGAAUCCCGAGGAAGACUGCCACCACCUCUUGCACACAUGGGGGCGCCCGCACUCCCAAGUGCCCGUCCCAGAGGGGCCCGCGGGCUUGCCUUCCCCCUGUACAAACUGGGCUCGCACGCAUGUGCACCCCAAAUUGCAUGCCCUGAGAUCCCCACGUGUGUGAGACCCACUUUGAACUCGGAAACACGCAGCAUGUGCGGAGGGACGGGCCCGCCUUGGGCCAUCUGCCGGCUGGCCGCAGAGCGUCCCCGCGACCCAACGCAGCCUAGGGCUCCAACCCGUGUGGCGGGCGCCUGCACUGGCCACGCAGUGUCUCCCAGCCCAGAGCCCCCCGUCCCCACCCCCCCCCCCCGGCCGCACGAUUGCAUACCAUCUUGCACAAGGAAGGUGACGUAUUGAUCACAAACACCUUAAAGUAGCUUGAUUCUCACCGAAGGUCAACCCACAGCCCACCCCUAAUUUUCUUGCCUCGCUGAGAAAGGCCGUAUUCGCCCCUGCACCCUUCCUGUCCAGCUGGGGGGUGGCCGCGCCACUGGGUGGAAUGCAGGGGCGGGGGAGGCAGCGGGACACGCUCGCCGCCUGCGGAGCUCGCUCGAGAAUGGUUCUGCAGACCCAGAACCCUGGGACGGGGUCAGAACGACGGCAGCUCACCGUCACCAGGUAGCUUCUGUCGAUAGAUUUGUAUAAUCAAUACGGGUCUAUUUUUACGCCAGCCCACACUGUACCUUCCAGUCUUUUCCAAGAUUGUUCGACCGAGACAAGUCACUGAAUAAUGGGUCCUAUUUUUAUUAACAAACCAGUGAAUGGACUGAAAUGUUAACGUGAAUGUACAUUUCUUAAUUGCGACUUUUCUACUGAGUGUUUGCACUAUACUUUCUGGAACCUUAUUUAACAAAAAUAAAGGAAAAAAAUUGCUUGACUAAA